CAUUUAUAUGAAUAACAUUAAUAUCCUGACAGUUACAUACAGGUAACUGAUAUGUGUGUAUGCUUGCGUGUGCUGGGGAGGUUGGGUCAGAGGAUGCACUGUAUGUGUGUGUGUGUGUUGUCAAUGAGAAUUCCUGCGCUGGAUGAAUAGGACACUUGGAGCGUGUAACUCGGUGCGGCUCUGCAGGGAUGAUGGCGGCGCCUCGGGCGCAGGACCAGAGCGCACUACAGCCUGAAAUGCUGGCGGAAAAGCAGCUGGAGCGGAUACAACUGAGCGUGGACGCGGUAACGGAGCUUCUGCGCUUUACGGAUCUCGAUGAAAACAUUGGAGACCGAUCAGAUUUCAGAUCUAUGGAGGAACUGGUGGCCGACUUUGACGAGAAGUUAAAAGCGUGCUUUGGAAAUUUCGACGCUAAAGCCGAACUCAUAGAUGGCGUGAAUCCUCUGACAGAGGACACUGUGUUAAAAAACGACGAGAUCUGGAAUGCUCUGGCUAAUAACUAUGGAAAUGUCAUGCCAGUGGAUUGGAAUCAGUCUCGUACCCGCUCACUUCAGCUCCCCGUGCUGCACAUUGAGGACAGGCCGGUUGAUAAUGUGAAUCUGGAUGUGUCUGAUGAUGAAGAGCUGAGGGAACAGAUGGACAUGCACUCCAUCAUUGUGUCCUGCAUUAAUGACGAGCCUUUCCUUACUGCAGAGCAGGUGAUUGAGGAGAUAGAGGAGAUGAUGCAGGACUCUCCAGACAUGCAAGCAGAGCAGAACCCUGUUAAGUCAAACCUGAUACACAGAUCCAACGGUCACAGCUUUGAGGAGAGAGUAAGGAAUCUCAGUGUUGCAGAACUGAAUGAGUUACUGGAGGAGGUGGAGACGGCGAUACGCCGCUAUUCUGAGGAGCUUGUGCGGCAGCUGGCUCUUAGAGACGAGCUUGACUUUGAGAAGGAAGUGAUGAACAGUUUCAUCUCUGUGCUGAUAGAUGUACAGAAUCUCCAGAAGGAGCACAAAGAACUCCUGAAAAAGAAGAGGAAAGUAAAGAGUGGAAACAAAGAGCAGAACGGCAGACUACACAGAUUAUCCUCAAGUCGCUUCAGCAUGGAGAGCAUUUCUACUGCUAUUCAAAAUGGCUUUCGCCAAACUUUUGGGAAUAUGGGAGGGGAGAAACAGUACCUCACUACAGUCAUUCCUUAUGAGAAGAAAGAUGUGCCUCCAUCAGUUGAAGAUCUUCAGGUUCUCACAAAAAUUCUUCAAGCCAUGAAGGAUGACAGUGACAAAGUGCCCAGUCUUUUGACAGACUACAUUCUUAAAGGUGACUCCUUCACUUACUAUCUUAUAAUUAUAACAGCACUGAUUGUAUAACAUAUUUAAUAGUCUCUGUAUAACUGAGCAAAGUUGUGCUUUUUUAUUAUUCCAUAUGCUCUUUCAGCUCGUUCUGGUCUGUCAUUACUAGCUCUUGUGUGAGCAGAGGUCUGAGGUUUGUAUGUGAUUAAGCACCCUCUGCUGACAAACCACAGUAUUGCACCCAUAGUUGGUUUUCUAUUGUAGUUAAAAUCAUGCUAGUUUGUCUGAAAACACAGGAACACAGCUGUACUUUCACCUCUCCCCAUUAACCUGGAACAGUCACGCCCAGCUAUCUGGGAUUUCCACAACUGUCCCUGUAGCAUCUUUCCCUUUGCAAUGUCUUCACCUGUCUGUUACACAUAUGUCAAAAAAAUAUUUAUUGCACGCUUUCACUAUAAUGGCCUUUCCUAGUGCUUUUCCAAAAGUAAAUAUUAGCACUUGUACACCUCUCUGCUCUGUCCCUGUCACUUGUCCAUCCUCGUGUUCAGUUUUCAUACUAAAUUAUUUGACAUUACUGUGAAAUGUGCUACUGAUGUUCAGGCAGAUUUUAAGCAGUAAUCUUAAUAUGACUACACUCUUACAAAAAAACCCUGCAGUGGUUAGUUUUAAGGUGCAGUUGUUACUAGGAUGGUGCCACUAAUGAGAUGUUCUUUGUACCUUUAUUUAGUGGAACAUCACUGACUGAAUGUCCACUCUGAAACACAUUAGAUAUGUUUAGAUUGAAAUAUUUGUGGUGCUAAAUGCCUGGUUCCCAGGAGAUGUUGUCUGUCACACUGAUAUGACACAGCGACAUUACUAGCUCAGAUACAGUAGCUUUAAUUGGAGAAAGAAUUCUGUGAUCUCAGGCAUAAGUGAAAACUGUCAGGAUUCAUUGUGAGCUCCUAUAAAUAUAUCAAGACCUCCUUUUCUCAAGCACUGUUUUAUAGCAAUGUGUCAUAGUAAGGGGAAAUCCACUGUAGAAAUAGUGCAGUCAACAAACACUGUUGCAGAAUGCAGUGCAGCCAUAUGACAAAUUUGUGUCAUGGCAGAAAAUUGGCUUAGUUACUAAGCUACAAGAUGACAAGCACAAUGGUGUUGAUAACAGUAUUAGCAUGAAAAUGUUUAAAAGCUGAUCUGUUGGAGCAGAGUGUACAGAUGAGGACGUGGGAGAUCUGAACAGACCUAAGCACAGAAGUGCUGAUGUAUUACUCACUUGAUGUCACAAUAAACAAGGGCUAAAUUCCUAUUAUCAGCAGAUAGUUGUACAGCAUGAUGGGUAAGCCAAAGGGAAAAUAGGCUUUUUUGAUGAAAGAAAUGAAAUCAUUAUAGGAAAUUCAUUUCAAAAUAAAUCUUGGAUGCCACUGGAGGUCACUUGUUAAAUGUAAAGAUUAACAUGAAGGUUUUUCAGGGUGGAUAUAUCAGCACCACUGAAACUGUAUAGUAUUUCUCUGCAUAGUAUCAGCCCAGUGAUAUAACUGAUCAAUCACUUUGUUAUCUCUUUCACAGUGCUUUGCCCUUCCUAAUAAGGGAGGUGAAGAAUUUGUUGAUAAAAGACUGAAUUUCCACAACGUGAAGGAUUUCCAAGUGGAUGUUGUUCCUGUGAAUUCAUUUCUAAUUUACUUAUCUCUGCAGAAUGCAGUGUCCUCUGACGCACUGCUUGAAUCUCUUCCAGUGUGUAUCCAUUUGAUACAUGUUCACUGUAUAUUUGGGAAAACGUUAAGUGUAUUUUGUUUUGUUCAAUGAAAGUGCUCUUAUAACAACCCUUUGCAGCAAAGGCAUGUUUCAGCUUAGUCCUGAUGUAUAUACAGUGCAUAAAGGAUGAUUUCUUGACCCGUGUGUGUGUGUGUGUGUGUGUGUUUGACACUGCCUUGGAGUUUCACUGUUGUGUUGUCCUAAGGAGUGUUUUAGUACCAAUCCUAAGGGUUGAAUAGUUUUUAUGUAUCCUGCAAACAUGUUAAACAGAUCUAACUGUUCUCAAAUGACAUGGAAAUUAACACACUAACAAAAACUAACAAACUUUUUAGGCAGCUAUUAAUAUUUUUGCUGAGAAAUAUUUAAGAUCUUAAUGUCUUAGGGUCAAACUGAUACGAACAAAUUAUUGUGGAGGGAUACGGUGGAGUAGCGAGUUGCAUAGCCACAUGACAUCUCCAGGGUCCAAUGUUCAGAUUACUGUCUGUGGAGCGUUUCACAUGUUUUCUCUGUGUUCUCUAGUUUCCUCCCACCUCCUAGAAACCUGUCAGUAUGUUAACUGGCUACUCUAAAAUGUCUAAAAAUGCCCUGUAAUGGACUGGUGUAUUCUGAUGCACAGUGUUCCCGGGAUUGGAUCUGUAUUGACCAGGAUAAUGCUUACUGAAGAUGAAUGAAGAAAAAAAUAUUAGCAGAAUUAUUUCUCCUGUACUGUUUGUAUCAAUGCUGGCUUGAUUACAGAUUAUAACGUAGCAAACGUAUAUAAAUGUUUCUACUUCUAUGUUUUAUUUGUUGUUGUUUUGUUUUAAACUAUUUGUUAAUUUAGGUGAUUAUAAUUGAUAUGCAAAAUGUACCUAUUAAUUUAUGCUUUCUGACUCUUAAUAUGGCUUUCAGCAAAAAAAAAAGUAAAACAAAAAAAUUCAUCCUAAAACUGAAACUGUAUUGUGACUCUUUCAGUAGGGAGUAUUCUAUUGAAUUUUUACAGAAAUAUAAUAUUAUAAUUGUAUAGACUCACAGGAGGAACACUGGCCAUGAAAGGAACCUCUCUCUCCAGCAUGACUGGCUUUGUGUACAGCAUGUGAUUAUUUUUGACUCACUGUAUAUGGAGCUUUUUGUAUUUUGCGGCUUCUCUAUUUAUUUCACCAUGAGCAAUGCUUGUUUUCAGUGGUUUCCUACUGUUUGCCUUUACUCUCUCUUUUUCUUUUGCUUAUUGCUUUUUUUUUUCUUUUCAUUUUUUUUUUUAUCCUUGUCCUAUUUUCAGCGUUUCGUUUAGGAGCUUAAAAGUGGGUCGUUUUGUAAGCGGCUCUUGUCUCAACAACACUUUGGAAUGUAGCUACAAUCUAGACCACUUUACUGAUUUAUGAUACUCCCAAGUAAUGUGAAGGUCUGGCAUUCCCUCCAAGUAUGAUUAUAUUAAACAGAGGUUAAGCUCUCUUUUGCCACUCCCCAAAACAUCUACUGCUAGAGAUACUGUAUGCUACACUUGUAGUGGUCCUGCAAAUCAUUAUAGAAUGCUUUGGGCUUCAGAGUAAUAUAGAUAUUUAUCUGUGAAAAUGUAUAUCAUAAAUGUACAUGGUACUCACCACUGUAGCGCAAAUAAAGUGUGGCAGAUUUAGGUAUUUUUAUGUAAACGUUUGUGUUUACACUUACCUCCCAUGAAUAGAUCAGAAAACUGGGAAAAAAUGUACAAACAUCAUUAUUUAUUGAACAUACAGGUGCUUUUG